AUGGAGAGGAGUUUUCCCUUCCUCACUGUUACGAGUUCAUUUCUGAUUUGGUAUAAUGGAGUUAGGAAAAAGACGACAGUGAGGCAUGAACAAGUGCAAGUUCUUCUUGUGGCUAUUGCUGGAACUGAAUUGAAACAGUUCUUCCAUCUUCCUUGCUACCUAUUGUUCCUUGAGGCACUGCCUUUGCCAUUUUUCUUAUCUUCAGUUACGCAAUCACGUUUACAAGCUCAACUUCAUGGCCAAGGUGAUGCAGAAGAUCAAGAUGAUUUGGACAGCAUUAGAUUCUUCUCUAAUUAUCAAAUUCUACUCCAAGAACAGAGCCGAGAAUAUGGUUUUAUUGGUCAUAUGAUGGUGGUUCAUUCUGGUCAUUUGAAUUUGUUGGUUGACUUCCCAUAUGGUGCUUCUCCAAGACCACCAGAAGAUCAAAUUUCAGUUCUUCAUAGUUCUACAACUCUCCAAUUCUCUUCUUGA